AUGGCGGAUGCAAGAAGGUUUCAAAUAUAUAGGGCAAAAAGAAAGGCAAGGGAGAUAAUUGCAAGGGAUUUGGUAGAGCAAUAUCACAGGAUUAGGGAUUAUGCAGCUACAGUUAUUAGGAAAAAUUCAACCUCACACAUUUUAAUAAUAACUAAUCCUGAAAAGAUAGAGCCUACAUUUGAAAUAAUGUAUUUCAGACUUGGUGCACAGAAAGAUAGAUUUCUAGCAAGGUGUAGACCAAUAAUAGGACUAGAUGGUUGUCAUUUGAAAGAGAUUUUUGGAGGGCAGCUACUCAGUGCUAUUGGGAGAGAUGGAAAUGACAACAUGUAUCCUAUUACAGUGGUUUUGAUUAAGAUAGAAUGUAAAGCCUCUUGGUCUUGGUUUCUUGAGGAAUUGAUGAGUGAUAUUGGGAGUGUUGAGGAGAUGGGGUGGACAUUUAUAUUAGACAUACAGAAGGGGUUGGUUGAAACAUUUGCAGAGUUAUACUCUACUGCAGAUCACAGAUAUUGCCUGAGACAUAUAAAGAAGAUUGAAGAAGCUGAUCCUAAGACUGUAAAUAGGAAGACAGUUGUGAAGUGGUUGAGGGAGACUGACCCUGUUUUGUGGGCAAGGUCACAUUUUUCUCCAAGGAGCAAGUGUGACAUCCUUGUGAACAAUUUGAGUGGGUCAUUCAAUUCUUACAUUUUAGAAGCUAGAGAGCUACCAAUAAUCUCCAUGUUUGAAUGGAUCAUAAGGAAAAUGAUGCAAAUGAUUCAAGUUAAAAAGGCUGGAAUGGCAAAAUACAAUGGUGAGAUUUGUCCCAAUAUUCAUGACAAACUUGAGAAGUUGAAGAUGGAAUCAAGGAACUGCUUUGCAACCUGGUGUGGACAAUUGGAAUUUGAGGUUGAUCAUUUUCAGAUGAGGUACAUAGUGGACCUAAGUACUAGGACAUGCAGUUGCAAGAGAUGGGAUUUGUCUAGUUUGCUUUGGAGUCAUGCCAUCAGUGCCAUUCAAAUCAAUUAUGAGCAGCCAGAAGCCUAUGCGCAUGAGUAUUACUGCGAGUCUAGGUACUUGGAUACUUAUGCAUUCACGAUACACCCAGUUCCAGACAUGCAUGAGUAUGAGGAAAGUGGCCAGAAAUUGAAUCCACCACAAGCAAAGAAAUUAGCAGGCAGACCAAAGAAGUUAAGAAACAAAUAA